CGCCGGAAGUUUUAGAGUACGGAGUUUCUUCGGGCUGCGUGGUUAGGGAGUUGGUGGGUUGUAUUUAGACGGGUUAUCAAUGGACACGCAGAAGGACGUCCAACCUCCAAAGCAGCAGCCAAUGAUAUAUAUCUGCGGAGAAUGUCACACAGAAAAUGAAAUAAAAUCCAGGGAUCCAAUCAGAUGCAGAGAAUGUGGAUACAGAAUAAUGUACAAGAAAAGGACUAAAAGAUUGGUGGUUUUUGAUGCUCGAUGAAACAUGGAAUUUGGAGGAUUAUCUUCAUUUGUACUUGGAUUUGCUAUUAAUGUUAUAUAGCUUUUGAUUAGUGUAUAUAUCUUUAUGAAUACAAAUAGCAUUUCAUUUUAAAAACCA